AUGUACUCAGUAGAAGAAGGCGUACAACAUGGUCUUGACAAAGUGGGAUACCAAUCGUUACGAGACGGUCAACAAGAAGUGAUCGACGCUUAUCUCACGGGUAAAGAUGUGUUUUUUUGUUCUCCGACUGGAUAGGGAAAGAGUUUGUGCCAUGAAAUUGCCAAAUUGCUCCGAACAUUUUUGAUUUCGUAUUAUUUGGGACGAAUUCUGUUAGAGAUUAAGAUGUAUCGUGGAUCCUGUAUGUAUCGUGUCCUUUGAUAUCACGGAUGCAAGAUCAAGUGGCAUCUUUGCGUAAAAGGGGUAUCGAGCCUAUCGAAGCAAUUCAUAUUGGUGCUGACACUACUUCGCAAGAAGGGGAUGAUGUUAAUCAAGAUGUUAAAUUAAUAUAAUUUGAUAUUUGCCAGUCCCGAGGCACUGCUGGAAAACUUAAAGAUUCUCUUAAUCUUAGAGCUGUGUUUGUCGAUGAGUGUCAUAUCGAAUAAUUAUUUGUUACGAAGACGGAAAAUGUUACAGCUAAGACCAUGUUAAGUGAACUUAAGUCCGUAUUAAAUGUAAAUUUACAUUUCAGUGAACUGUUUGUAAUGUAAGACAUACUAACUGAAUAUCUAGCACUUUUCUGGUUCGCAAUUGUAAAUGAAUAUAAACUAGAGUACGUUUCAAUAAUAAUUCAAUUCAAAAAGUUCGAAAGAUGCAAAAUUUGGGCAAUGUAUAUAUCUGUGGGUUCCCCUUUGUUAUGAGCAAAACUGAUGCGUAUAAUUACGGACUUGACAUGGUCUUUAAACUGAGUUAACAAAGACACCUAUACUCCUAUAGUCUAUACAUGCAUGCACGUUUAUCGGCAUAACAAUCAGUAAAAUUUUGUUCGGGCUCAGUGUUCUUCGUUUUUGCCAGUUUUAGGCUCAACAUGUCCUUAUUUUGUUCUUUUAUAUAUUGUACACUCAGUUGUAGUUCAGAGGAUAACUUGUUUAAAGAUAUAUUAUUUGUCAUAUAAAAUAGCUCAUAAAUGUAUAUUAAAUAUACAUUUAAUGACAUAUCUUCACUGACGAAAAUUCAUCUGAUACUUGAACAGCAUCAGUUUGCGUCGUUUGCUCAUUAAUUUGUUUGUGAAAUGGGAUCACAGGUAUAUAUUGGUCCUAUUGGAGAGUUCUUGGCAACUUUGAGAAGAGUUUUCUUGCGCAAAAACAACCGUCUCUUGACGGGAUUUUUAGAUGCACCUGAACUCUCAGAGACAGAGGUUUCUUUCUUUCACUCCCGUUUUGUAACUGAUUCAGAUUGUUUUUCAGCCAAGUGUUCUGUAGUUUAAUAAAUUAAAUUGUCCUCUUACAGCGUCAAUUUUAGAAAUUAAACGGGCGUUUUUUUCACUGCAAGAUGGACAGACUAUGCUUGAUAACUCUCCGGCUAAAUUCGCACACGCCAAAGACUUAAAAGUGCCGUUGAAUUAUAAUCUGCAUCGUGUAUCAGCGUUAGUACGUCUUUUCCACACUCAAUACAAAUACUCCCUUAAAUACGUUUUCGUUGGUGUUAUCUCAUUUUCAAUAUCUAUUGUCCAGAGAGUAAUAAUGUAUAAAUACUUAAGUAAUAGAUAUAAAUAACACCGCCCAUAUUAAUUAAUACCUGGCAAACAUGUGAAGAUGUACAUUUCACGUUUUCGCGCAAGAAUAGUUAAUUAGACUGAAAACUGUGCAGGCGAAACAAGUCCGCCUCCUCGCGCCGCCCUCAACUUUGCAUCCCUCUCAGCUUGCCAGCUUGUAAAAAAAAUUGGAAAAAGUUCCGAGGCGGACUUGUGGCAAGUCUACCUAAAUACUUGAAAUAAAAGAAAGAGUUUCCUCCAAAUCAUUAACAAGCAUAUUUUUAUGAGAACUAUACGGCUAUCGCAAUUCGAUACGCGAGCAAACUUAUUGUUGACAUUUGAGUUACGUAAUUACUUCCGUUAACGAGAUUGACCAAUGGGAAGCUUUGUCGUAAAAGACGAGGACCAGGUUGUUUGGUUGAAUAUUAUUGUGUAUAAAACUAUUACAAAGCGUUGUGUUUCGAGUUUUUCUAAAACUAUAUAAAAGUGCGCCAAAACAACUGUCAUGUGACCGAGGCACAGCUAACCCAAAAAUAGCCUAGAAAUAUGAAUGUUAAUGAUCUGCUUUAAAGAUAAAGAUAGGUUUAAAGUUAGUAAUCUAAUCCAGCAUUAUUCAACAGCUUUUCCGAAGAUUUUUCGGUCAAGAACAAAUUUGUCAUAAGUUUUGUUAAAACAUGAAUAUAAAGCAUAGCUAUAUAUCUAUUCUUGCACAUAACAGUUUCACACCUAAUUUCUAACAACAUCUACCAACAGUUUCAGUUUGGAAUAAAGUUAAAACACUUUAACUUCCAUAUAGCUUUUAACCUCUGACAUAUGUACAACAAUAAAUUCCGCUCAAGCGAACCCCAACGCAAUCCAUCAAUUUUCAAACGAUGAAAAUAAUGUUUUCUUUCGUAAACAACAUUAGGCACAUAUUUCCAAUACAGUUUAUAUCCAGAAUAUUGUAUUUGAAAAAUAAGGUGCAAAACCGAAUAGUCGAAUAUUGUAGCACGAUUUUGGGAAAAUAUAUAUUGUUGGCUCAGUUUGAACCGGCAUUAAUUAAAGGAUCAUACGCCGGUUGACCAAAAAAGCAUACCAGUGAUAAAUGAUCUUAAUAAUGAUUUACUGAAAACAACUUCUAAUAGUAGGGACAGAAUGACUUCAUUUAUCAAAUUGUUUUGGGAUCAACAAAAAAGAAUCGCAUCACGUGCAGCUCAAGCACAACGGUAUCACCCAAUGAUUAUUAGAUGGUGUAUUUCUAUGGCUGCUAAAUCAGAAUCAGCACAUAACAGACCUUUAAAGAUAACACACUCAUAUUAAUGGACCAUUUGCAUUAUAGACUAAAUUUUGAUCUAGACAAAUAUUUCAUCACAGCUUGAAAGAGUACCACGAAAUUAGUAAUAUUCCAAAGUUUCGUUACGAAAUGUUGUAAAAUGCGGAUAAUAUAGCCAUGCGAAGUUUGCCGUUUUUCAGUCAUUUUGUAUUACGCACGGGAAAUUGACAGCCCAAUCGGGUGUUGGGGCAUCAAUUUCCCGUUUGUAAUCUAAAAUGACUGAAAAUUGCAAAUUUCCCAAGGCUAUAUUUUCCGCAUUUUACAACAUUUCGCAACGAAACUUUGGAAUAUUACUAAUUUUGUGAUGCUCUUUCAAGCUGUGAUGAAAUAUUUGUCUAGAUCAAAAUUUAGUCUAUAAUGCAAAUGGUCCAUUGCCAUGGACAAGCUUCUUUGGGCCCCUUGUCGAGAUCGAAAUUUCCCCCUUGUUCUUGAAAACACAUGCGGAUGUGCACGGUGGUGAUGACGUCACCAGACCAUCCCCUAGAGUGACUGCGUUUGUACUAAUAUGUUUUAAUAGAAAGAACAUUUAAUCACCAAUAUGGAUCAAAUGGCAUGGAACACUUGAAGUUGAUCUUAAUGACCCUAUGCACGACAUCUGGAGAAUAAAAAUACAUCUUGAACGAAUUUACUUCAACUGACGAAUUUACUGUAAUUUGUUUGAUACGACACACUAUCGUCGCCGUUGUCUGUUCUGUUAAAUUAGUCUGAAUUAAAUUCGACAAUAGUAGUGUGACGUAUGAAACAGGCUUUACGAAUUGCCAACCUGAAAACAGAACAGAAAUAUGUUUAUAAUUAAAGAAAAUGGGGUUAAUUAUUCUGAGUUAUGGUCAAACGGAUAUAAAUAAAAUCUGUAACACAUCUUGUCAAAUUGAACGAACAAAUUAAUAUGUUAACGUUUGUUUCAGAUCGCGUUGUUUCUAUGUCUCUGUAAUCCAUGGUCACUAGUCAUAAAAUGAAUUCGUUCGAGUUAAUAAACUCAACCAGUCGACGAAUAUAUUAAAGAAAUAAUGAAAAUUCUUCGGAGUCAAAUUCGACCAAUGAAACAGCCUAAAAGUUAAACUGUCCGUAUCAAACUGUCUUUAUUUAUUAUGAGAACUAUUAAUUUACCAAUAAGAGAAGUAAUUGCAUGUAUUGUUAUACAGUAUAUCGUCUGGUUCAUACGAGCGAUCAUGAUAAGCCAAUGCCGUUUGUUCUGAUGUUAUCAGAUAACGCCCACUGUAAUAGGUGUCACGUACGUACUUAAGACGUACACAGCCCUAUAAUCAUAAUAGGGAGCUUUAGCACGAAGGACGGUAUAAUAUAGUUAAUAAGCUCAUUGUUGUUUUGUUGCCUUGGCGCGCAGGUGGACCGCGUGCGGGGUCUGAGACUAAGAAUUUUUGACGCCGAUAGAUAUAGUUUUAUUAGUUAGUUUUGCAUGUGCAUGUAUACGAGAGGUUAUCAAUAAAAGUGUUCAACUACAACAUUACAUCUGGCGACGAGGAAAACGAUCGAAACCCGCAACGAUCACACAAGCAUACAGAAGGAAAAUUGACAAAACUAGAAGUCCAUGGAUAACAAAUUGCAUUGCUACUUCAAUUAAUAAAAAGAACAAGCUCUACCAGAGAUACCUACGUCAUCCUUCAGCAAGCAAUGAAAGUAAAUACAAACAAUAUAAAAACAAAUUGAAUCAUAUCAUAAAAAUAACAAAGAAAAAAUUUUAUGAAGAACAACUGAUAAACUACAAGCAUGAUACAAAAUUACUAUGGAAAACACUAAAUGAGAUAAUGAAUAAACGCAAGACUAUCAAAACACUCCCCAAAGAAUUUAUUUGAAAUAGCCCUGAAGAUAUUAUAAGUGAUCCACACACCAUAGCGAAUAAGUUCAAUGAUUAUUUUGUGAAUGUUGGACCAGGAAUAGCAAGAAAACUUCCAAGUAGUGAAAGGUCCUUCAAAGAUUAUUUAUCUAAUAACAAUAAAGAAAGCUUUUUUCUUGAACCAAUCACAAAACACGAAUUAGAAAUUGACAUAAGAAAUUUAAAUGCUAAAAAAAGUCCAGGUUAUGAUGGCAUAAGCUUACAAGUCAUCAAGAAAAUUGCUAACGAAAUCUCUGAACCUCUUUCACACAUAUUCAACUUAACCUUUCUAAGCGGAACUAUUCCAGAUAAAUUAAAAAUAGCUCUAGUUACUCCAAUUUAUAAAGCAAAUGAAAAAAAUGAAUUCAAAAAUUAUAGACCAAUAUCUGUUCUUACUUGUUUUGCAAAAUUAUUGGAAAAAGUCAUGUAUAGGAGAUUAAUUAAAUUUAUAGAAAAAAGUAAAAUAUUAAGCAAGCACCAAUAUGGUUUCAGAGAAAAUAGAUCUACUGAGCUUGCAGUCAUUGAACUUACCGAUAGAAUUACUAAAGCGAUUGAUAAAGGAGAAUAUACAAUAGGUAUAUUCCUCGAUUUGUCAAAAGCAUUUGAUACUAUUAAUCACAAGAUUCUGGCCCAAAAAUUAGAACAUUACGGCAUACGUGGAGUUACUCAACUAUGGUUUGACAAUUAUUUAACAAAUAGAAAACAAAUUGUCAAGUACAAUCAAACUAGGUCAGAAGAAAUGACAAUUAAAACAGGUGUCCCACAGGGUUCAAUUCUUGGACCUAUUUUAUUUUUACUUUAUAUAAAUGAUAUUGAACAUAGCAGCAAUUUACUUUCGUUUAUACUGUUUGCAGAUGAUACUAAUAUCUUUUAUAGCAACAGCUGUCUUAAAUCACUAAAUAAGGUCAUACAAGAAGAGGUGAAUAAAGUUGCAGAAUGGUUAAAUGCAAAUAAACUAUCUCUAAAUAUUAAAAAAACCAAAUAUAUUAUAUUCAGAUCUACAAACAAGAAAUUAAAACAAAAUGUAAAAGUUAGCGUAAAUAAUGUAAACAUAGAACAUGUCAAAUGCACAACCUUUCUUGGUAUAACAAUUGAUGAGUAUUUGACUUGGAAUAACCAUAUAACUGAGGUAUCAAAGAAAAUCACAAGAGCCUCGGGAAUAAUAGCAAAAAUAAGACACUUGAUAAACAGAAAUUCACUGAAGCUAAUUUAUUACACAUUAGUGUAUCCAUAUCUUAUUUAUGGCAACUUGAUUUGGGGUAAUACCUACAAAACCCGAAUUCAAAAAAUAUUGAAUAUUCAAAAAAAAAUUGUGCGUUUGAUAACUUUUAGAUCUUACUCGGAACAUACAGAACCUAUAUUCAAAGAAUUACGCAUUUUAGAUAUUUUCAAAAUAAAUGAUUACCUAACUGCUUUGUUUAUGUAUCGAUACUAUUAUCUUAAAAAUUUACCAGAAGCAUUUGAAAAUUAUUUUAUAACAAACAAUGAAAUUCAUAACUACAAUACAAGAAAUGCAACAAAACUACACAAGUGUUGUAAAAGAACUAAUUAUGUCAUACAUACUCUUUCUAACAAAGGGGUUAAUCUAUGGAAUACAUUAGAUACAAAAUUCAAAAGAUUAAACUCUUACAAUGUCUACAAAAGAUUAAUCAAACAACAUGUUAUAGUGAGCUAGAUCUUCUUCAACUUAUAUGCAAUGACCACAGAUAUACAGCAACCGUUAAUUCUAUAGCGAAAAUUGUGUAAUCUUGUAACUGUAUAUUAUGAUAUAAUAUCCUUCUUUUGUAAAUAGUAUAUACUUUUAGGUCUUACUUCAAUAAUUACUCUUCACUGUAAAUAUAUAUGCAAUUUUUUUUAAACCUAACUAUAUAUAUAGUGGCCUACAUUAAAAAGCCUGAAAAGGUUUCCAGUAGGUCUCUAGCCCAACACCUUCAAACUACACAUAGUAUUUGUUACUUAUUAUUGUACAUACACAUGGGAAAUAAAUAUAUAUUGAUUGAUUGAUACAAGAAAGUGAGUGACGAUCGAACUGUCAGUGCAUAUAGGAAUUAUACUUCGUGGACACCGAAUCGUAAUGCCAACCUCCUUAAGACGCCGGACAAUCCAUCUCGCACACAUUGGUCAUCAAGGAAUCAUUAAAACCAAACGUCUACUCCGCUCGAAAGUCUGGUUUCCUAAUAUCGACAAGAUGGUCGAAGAAACUAUCGGGCAACCACCCUCCACCUGAGCCACUCAAGAUGACCCAGCUGCCAUCCGCACCUUGGAAAGAAGUUGCAAUGGAUUUCCUGGGCCCUUUUCCAAACGGCGAAUACCUCCUAGUCGUAAUCGAUGCGUUUAGUCGGUUCCCCGAAGUUGAAGUACUCACCACGGUUUCCGCAAAAGCUGUCCUUCCAAAGUUAGAUGCAAUAUUUUCACGACAAGGCCUUCCAGAAGUUCUGAAAAGCGACAAUGGCCCACCAUUUAACGGUGCCGAGUUUGAGUCAUACGCCAAGCACUGCGGUUUUACUCACCGCAAGAUCACGCCAUACUGGCCUCAAGCAAAUGGAGAGGCCGAGCGUUUUAUGCGCACACCACAGAAAUGUAUUCGGGUUGCAAUCAUCGAUUGA